GCGCGCCGGUGUUUACAGCCGAGCGGAGGAGCACGUGUGUGGUGAUCAGCGGCAGAGACUGCAGUCCUUCGUCUGAGUUUGUGUGUGUCUGUGUUUGUGUGAGAGAUAGCAGCUGUGAAAUAAACAUCAUGAGGGUUGUUGCGCUGAUCAGUGGCGGUAAGGACAGCUGUUAUAACAUGCUGCAGUGUGUGUCUGCUGGUCACUCUAUCGUGGCUCUCGCCAACCUCAUGCCUCACACACACGUUCCAGAUGAGCUGGACAGCUACAUGUACCAGACGGUGGGUCACCAGGCCGUCGAGCUGUACGCCGAGGCCAUGGAUGUUCCCUUGUACAGGCGCACUAUCGAGGGCUCCAGCCUGAACACGGGGAGAGAAUACAGCCAGACGGAAGGAGAUGAGGUGGAGGAUCUCUACCAGCUGCUCAAGCUUGUGAAGGAGAAGGAGCGUGUUGAGGCCGUGUCUGUCGGGGCCAUUCUGUCCGACUACCAGAGAGUACGUGUGGAAAAUGUGUGUGUGAGACUGCAGCUCCAGCCGCUGGCGUACCUGUGGCGUCGAGACCAGGCUGAGCUGCUCCGAGAGAUCAUAUCAAGUGGCCUUCAAGCCGUCCUCAUCAAAGUGGCGGCGUACGGCCUGGAUCCAGAGAGACAUUUAGGAAAAAGCCUAGCGGAGAUGGAACCGUAUCUGCACGAGCUUUCAGAGAAGUAUGGAGUUCAUAUCUGUGGGGAAGGAGGCGAGUACGAGACCUUCACCACUGACUGCCCGCUCUUCAAGAAGAAGAUCGUUGUAGACUCGAUGGAGACGCUCAUCCACUCGGCCGAUGCCUUCGCUCCGGUCGGAUACCUGCGCUUCACACGCAUGCACACGGAGCACAAGAGAGAAGGCUCCGGAGGGCGGCCGCUGCCUCUCUCUAGAUGUCCUUGCCAGGACGCCAUUGACAGGAUGACAGAAGAGCUGGAAUAUGCUGAUAAAACUCCAGACGUCCAGGGAGGAUGUCCAUCAAACACUGAGCGCAGUUGUCAGUCGGAACCGGGCUGUGUGCCGUCUCACUCGUCCAGGAGUCCGGCGGGUUACCGGUGGAUAUCCGGUCUAGCAGCGCUUCAGUCCGAGCACCCAGACGUCCAGAGCCAAACCCGGCACGUCUUCACGCUCCUGCAGAGCCAGCUGCAGGAGAAAGGCCUGCUGAUGAAGCACGUGCUCCUGGUUCAUCUCUAUGUGAGCGACAUGGAGAACUUCGGUCAGAUCAACUCGGUCUACUGCAGCUACUUCCCUCACAAUCCUCCAGCCAGGGUCUGUGUCCAGGCGUCUCUGCCGCUCUCUCAGCCGCUGCGGAUGGACGUCCUGCUUCAGGACGGGGAGGAGGACGCUUCCUCUCAGAGACACACGCUUCAUGUCCAGAGUCUGUCCCACUGGGCCCCGGCCAACAUCGGGCCCUACAGUCAGGCCGUGCAGGAGGAGCUUUUUGAAUAAAAAACAAACAAGCAGGCCCUGUCCAGACUGAAAAAGGACCGCAGCGCUUUACUGUGACUGUAAUGAGUUCCUGUGUCAUGCAUUACUUUUAAAAGUAACUGUUCCUGUACGGAGACGCUCUAUCGCUCUAUAUGUUAAUCCGUGUUGAAUUAGCACGCGGCGAGCGUAAUAUCAUAAAUUCAACAGCUCAAUCAUGAGUAAAUGCACUUCCGCAGCCCAUCACACAUGACAGCCUGGCCUCCGUGUUACUUUUGCUAAAUUGGAGCGCUGUAGACAGUUCCUCAUAUUGAUAUAAUUAGCCCCUCGCUGUGCCCCCCGCCUCCAGACCGUGAUGAGAAACGCUUCUGAUGAUGGCGCUUGUGUCGCGCAGACGGAUACCUUUCCCGGGAAUAAUCACCCAUUCAUGCCUACAUUUAAUUUAGAGGAGGGAUUCGCUGAAGUUAGCCAGAGCACUUUGGAGCUUUCCUUGACUGCUUUCAAAGGUCCUGAGCAUCAUUUAUGAAGAAAUGUUUUUAAAGAUUUAGUAACUAGCUAACAAAAAAAAUGCACUUUUUAUAAAUUAUUGUUCUUGAAUGUAUUAUUUUUUAUUCUGAUCACCUGAUAUUUAUCUCAAGUAACUUUUAACUGUCGUGUAGUUUUAGUUGACUAUAAAUACAUUAUAGCUGCACAUAUUGGAAAAAUAUAUGAAAACAUAACUACCACUUACUUUAAAUGAUGUAAUAUCUUUAUAGUUGCUCUUUACUGAAUUUAACUGAAUAAAACCCUUUAGUGUGCAGCUGUUACUGCAAGAAACUUUAUUUCCUUUCUUUUUUUUUGGAUUUCUUUUUUUUAAAAUGGCUUUAUUUAUAACUAAUUCUCACUUAAUGUAUUAAACUCAUUUGAAGAUAUUUGAUCUAAACAAAAUGUCUAUUCUAAACAUCCUAAAAAAUGUUUUAACGUCUAUAACAUAAAAUUUCCUCACAACAAAACACGACACAUGAAAGUCCUUUCAUCACGAGGGAGUGUUUUCUGUCUAAUUGCCGAGAGCGUGUCAUUCUGUUGUGUAACGUGAAGGAUCCUUAUCAGAUUUGAUUUACCAAAUUCGUUAACCUUUGCGUUCGCGUAGCUCCGGGCCCCGAGCGCCGUCAUUUAGAUGAAAUUAAACGCUCUGUGUGUUUUUUGUUUUCUCAGUUUCACCCUUGAUUAGCUCGCGCGCGCCGAGGUCACGUUUAGCAUAAUAGUCCCUGCGUCCUUAAUGAGGAUUUCUGGACGUGUGACAGAUUCUCCUCUGCCUUCAGAUACGUCUUGCCAGAUGCGGGUCUUUUCAUGUUUAUGCAAAUCACAGUUUAUCUUUAAGAUUGUAGCGUGACGUAUUCGCGUCCAGCAGACAUCUGAGCGUGUUGCGCUGGACUUUUAAUGCACCUACACAACUCUUUUAUGAAGUGAACUUACUUAUGGGGCAAUUUAGCAUCAUUUUGCCAGAAAACGUUUAGACUUUGCAUCACAUGUGACCCAGGACAUCAUUUUUUAGGAUAGGACUCUAUUUGGAUGAGAAAAUCUAAAUAUCGAGAAAAUGAUUCUUAAAGUUGUCCAGAUAUUCUUAGCAAGGACAGGACAUAUCCUAAUGGUUUUUGGCAUCAUUUUUUACAUUUUGCUCAUGCAGUGUAUUGUUGUCUAUCGUUCAGAUAUACCCGAGCUCUUAUGACUGCUCCCGCGCUCCAGGGACACAUGCGUUCAUGUUAAAAUCUCGUGUAAUAUAACUUAUCGUAUUUGCUACGGUGGUGGUUUUUAAAAUAGAUUUCCCCAUGAAAACAGCAUGGCAUUAAAUAAAAAUACGCUACUGCCGCUCUCCGUCAGAGGUCUGGGGUUGCCAGAUCUAAUGAGCUAUGAUCAAAUGGUAUUUGACAUUACAUUAAGACAAAUAUUUUACACCUCGCUAAUAUCGCGAGUCUUCCGCUGCAAGCUCUCCAACAUUUUUCCAAGAGAAGGGGGGAAAAAAAUCAAUUUCCCCUCAUAACAGACGAUUAAGCUUGUGUGUUGGCAGAUGGUUGGAAUUGACCCUUCAUUAACCAAAGUCGUCGUUAACAGCAGGAGUUGUAAAUGGCGCGUCGCCGUACACCUUGGUGAUUUAAUGUUUCGCCUUCCCUAAAAUCCCUUCAGGAGCGCCAGCCGUCGUGACGGAGCCUGCGAGCCAACGGAAGAGCUGUGUUAAAUCACGAUCCGCACGCUACCCUGAGACCUGGCAACCGCCGCGUGCUUUAAUAAUCCAAUUUAACAUCCGCCUGCAUCGUGUAGUCCUGUUAGUCCCAGUUUUGGGAAUACGCCCACUCCAUCGGGAGGGUCGCUUUAUUCCGCGCGCGGCCCCGCAAUUGGAUUUGCAUUGGGAGAAAUCGCAAUCCGACGCCCACAAUUAGCGUCGAAGAGAACCGCUGCUGCGGGAACAUUUCAAUAAUCUCCUUAAAGCGGGCGAAACGAUGGAAACAAUGAGGCCGGGUUCUCGCGCGGGAAUGCUCCUGAUAACAAACGCUCCCCGAUUAACAAGAACUCCCGCGAUUACGUUCUUCUCUGAUUCAUGCUCAAAAGUUUGGGAUCACUGAAGACUCUCCUGCUCACUCGGGCUCCAUGCAGUGUAUGCAUUAAAUUCUUCAAAAGUGACCGUAAAGACGUUUAUAAUGCUACAAAAGAUUUCCGUUUCGAAUAAACGCUCUUCUUAAGAAAUACUGAUCGGCACGGUAUAUUAUUCUGGUAAAUACACAGAAAUAAAUGACACUUUAGCACACAUCCACAGAGGAAGCAGCUGUUUUAAUAGUAAUAGUAAUAAUUCUAUGUUUUUGAUGGCGUAAACGCAGCCUAGGCGAGCAGAUGUAAUAAAAUGGUGUGUGUUGUGUGUGUGUAAGCCGCUUCAAUUAGCAGAUCGGGUUAAUGAGGCUCGCCGGGCAGGAGGUACGUUGUGUACAGAUUAAUUAGAACAUUUAGGUUAGUUAGUAGCGCAGCUAAACGAGCGGCGUCUCCGAGGAGGAGCCCGUCAGAGCCCGCGGUGAUCUCCCUUCGCCAUAAUCUAUUAAAGCGCCGCUUUUAUCUCACCUCGCCCUCGUCAUAUUUUAUGGAUUUUUUCAUAAACACUGCCUAUACUUCAUAAAUGUCUCAAUUUUCUAGUCUAUUAACAUUACUUCAGAAGCGGUUGAUAAAAGAGGCAGGCAAGCAUGAAAUAAUGCCCCAGUAAUAUGCAGCGCUGCAGGCUAGAGCAGUAGGGCACGAGCCGCGCUCAAACAAUGCUAGGAUGCUAUCAGCUCUAAUAAAAGAGCCAGCGAUCACUUACCGCCCGAGAGAGACGGGAGAGACGGGGAGGACGGGGGAGAGACGGGGCUCUUGGGCCAGUUGAGCUGAAGACAAAUGAGCUCUUCUACUGUCCUGCUUUCAUCCGCCGCUCCGUCACGAUCACACACCAGACACGCUUUAGAAUAAAUCAGCUUUCUUAGGAUGGCACUGCAUCUGUCUGAGACACAGCUGUCAGAAAAUCUGGAAUCCAAAUAUGGAGGAAAAUCUCCUUCAAAGUUGUCCAAAUGAAGUUCUUUUAGUUUUAAUAUAUUUGCGUCAGGUCACAUCUUCACGGGACACGGUCUUUACUUGAUAUCCUAAUGAUGAGCCGUCUGUGAAUAAACCACACAAACAAACGCAUCUGAAACUAACCAAAGUUAUUUAAUGCUAGUAGAGUAAUAUUUUAAAUCUAGCUACAAAUAACCGAGGUUGUGUUUUUGGCUUUGAAACAUCAUUUCUUAUGACUAAUAUGGAAACAUUAGCUUUAGUUUCCAAAAACAUUUAUAUGACCCACUUUAUAUAUUCAUUUAUAUGUAUUGUUUUUUAUUUAUUUAACGUAUUUAAUAUUUAAUGUUUUAAUUACUGUAUUGUUUCACAUUACAAAUGCAUAAUUAUUUUUACAUUUAAUAAUUGUUUGCUCCAAUCUAACAAUACCUAGAAAGCUUAAAAUGUUUUUAUUAACGACAUUUGAUGUUUCUGAAAAUUGCCCACAAAUGCCAUCAAAACUACAUGAAUCUGAAACUAAAGAUGUAAUGCUAGUAGAAUAAUGGUAUGAAUCUGUAGCUACGGGAAAUCAGUUUCUAGAAGAAUGGGAUUCAUCUUUUAACGUUUCAUUAAAUUACUUCAUAUCGUUAAUAUUGAUGAUACUGUUUUGUUAAUUUUAUAUUUAGUAGUUACAUGCACUAAUGUAAAAACACAAAAUACCUCAUAUUUUUCGUGAUGUUUAGUAUAUUUCUUAAUAUUAAAAUGCAAAGUGAGCGACUUUUGCCAAAAUAUUGGUUCAGUAUAAUACUAUAAUAUCUAGCUGCAAAUAAUAAAGGCAGUUUUUGUUACUAAAUGAAUGAUGUUUAAGUAUUUGAAUUAUUUGACGUUACAUGCGCUGUAUAUUGAUAUUAAUGUUUUAACAUGUUAUGUGUAAGAAAGAGUCGGAGGGGAAAAGAAACAGCACGGCUAGAUCAGAGGAUCACAUUAGAUCCAUUUAAAAGUGUGACCUCGUAUCUGAAGCUGCUGAUUCAAAUGAAUCAGUACAAAAGAACUGAUUUGUUCAAACGAAUCAAACUGUGUGUGCUUUGACUAAAGGUCUAAAUUCUGCAGUUAAUCAGCACAGUAACAUCACUGCCAGAAGAGAAAAGAGAUAUUUCAAACUUCUGUUUAAAUGUGCCUGAACGAAGCAGUAAAACCAGCAAGCUUUGACUUCACGUCUGUGCUUCUCUCACCUAUCUUCAGUACGAGAUCUUCUAUUUCACUUCAACACAGUGAAGCACGUUUUAGGACCUUUUACAAUUAUAUUUAUAUCUUUCUCAUCAAAAUUCAGAAUAAAUGCAUAAAAUAAAGACUUGCCUUAUUAUUUAACAUACAAAUCGUUUUAUUUUUGUUGAAGAUUCUGAUUAAAAUCAAUUUAAUUGAAUACGGUAGUUUCACAGUAACGUUUUAUAAUCUACAAACUCUUAGAUAUCUAAUCUGUCUUUUUCUUAGAAUGAGACUUUCUCAUGAAUAUAGUGAUCUCACAAUAAAAUGUUUGCUAUAUUUAAUGUUUUUAAAUCUGAAUAAACUGCAUGAUAUUAUGAUAUGUACAUAAUUUACCAUCUAAGUAAUAUUAAUUUUCCUCACAGAAUGAGACUUUCUCAUGAAUAUAAUGCAGUGAUUGUACAGUAAAAUGGUUGUAAUGUGCUGUAUUUAAAUUCAAUAACGUCAUUUUUGCAUGCGGUUUAAGAUGUUUGUAAUAUGCAGGGCUUUUUUAUUUACAUCAACAUAAAUAAUGGCGCGACGCAUAAAGCACCGUGCUUGUUUUUAACGGGGAUUUCCGGUAGGACGUGAGUGAGCUCUGCGGGGCUCAGAUGCAAGAUGCACGUAUAAAAAGUGAAUAAUAAAUGCUGAAUCUGAGGACCAGCGAGCGCUGUCCGGUUUGAUCACGUCCAGAGCCCAUUACUAUGGUAACGAGGGUCUAUUCCUGCACGGCGGCGUGUGACGGGACACACACUGACAGUCGGGGAGCCGCGGGUCAGAGCGCUGUCCGAGCGGCCGGCACCUUCCUCUGCGUCUGGGAGGAGAUCGCUUCUGUUCCGUUUACUUUUAGGCUUUUCUCGUCUCGUCCUCGUUCGUUCUGGGCUCCUUCGCUCUCGUGCAGAUGCCUUAUUCAUAUUUCAGCCUUGCCAAACAUGCCUGCUACACGCACUUAAACCUCAGGAGUUAUUUUGCUUAAUGAAACUGAUGCCUGUUUUAAAUUUACAGUGCAUGCCAUUUUAUCAGCCCCCAAAUCUUUAUUAUUAAAUGCAAAAAAACAUGAAAAUAGCAUCACUUGCUGUCUAAAUAAUUGACUUUUUAGAAUAACAUUAGAGAGAUUUGAUUUGUAUUUAAUCGCCACCAAAGUGUCUCAAUGCAAAAUGAUAAUAAUGAUGAUGAGCCUUUUAACAGAAAGCAUCCCCGUCGCUGUUGUUGGUAAUUGUUAUUAUUAUGUACGUUAAAGAAUUAGAAUUUAAAAAAAUAAGAAAUGAUAUUUUUGAUGUUUUAGCUAUAAAAUAUAAUUCAUAUGAAAAACAGAAUAUACGUUCUUUAUUGUAUUGCAUUAUUCCAUGCAGCAUAAAUAGCACUUGAGAAAAAUGCGUACAGUAAAAGACAAAAAUAAAUAAACGUUAACCUGGCACAAAUAGUUGCUUUUCUAGGAAGCACUGAAAUAAAACUGAGCUGCUGGUCAAAUAAACACAGACGUAAGAGGCAGUGAUGUUUGAUAAAGAGGAUGUGCGUCUCUGCUGUUAAUGAGCAGCUCUUCCGUGGGUUUCCUGAAGUCAUACUGCCAUCUCUUGAGCGGAUCUCACACUGCAGGUGUGUGUGUGUGUGUGUGUGUGUGUGUGUGUGUGUGUGUGAUGUGACGCGGCCUGACAUCAGCCGCGGGUCUGGAGCAGAGACCCUCACGAACCGGACCAGACCCAUCAGAGCCGGCCGGAGACGCCCGGGCGCUAGGCAGAUUAGCGGGAGAGAGCACGUAAUGCAGGAUGAUGGAGUUUGUCGUGGAAGACGCUGCUUGAUGGAGCGACGCGCGGCGGCCCUGGCGUGUCCUGCGGGGUUUGUGGGAUGUGCAUCAGUCCAAAAAGCCUCACAACCAAUUUGUCACAGACGCAGAGGUCGAGAGCCGCGCCGUCCCUCCUCUUCCUCGCUGACAGAACGCUCUCUGACGGCCGCACGCAUGAUUCGGACGGAUAUGAUCAGAUGUCUGAACGUUUCAGCUUCUGCACGGAGAAAAUAACACUCUCCUUUCUGAACGUGUUGUUUUUGAUUUGAAUUUUGAU